GCUAUGAUGAGUUGUUAAGUACGAUUAGAACUUGUCAGUGCAGCUCAUCCUACAGUAAACAAAGCAUUUUUAUAAGUAAAGAACAAUGAAUUGCCUAAUAUUUGUUACAACUACACUUUUAUUUGCUUCGCAUGUGCGCUCAGAAUUUAGUAAUUCAAGUCAAAACCAGAGUUUGGAAUCACUUCAAAACUUCAGUACUGAUAUACCCAUUGCAAUAGAUGAUUCAAAUACCACUACCGCAGAUGUUACAAACGAUACUUCCACUACUAACAUAUCAAUAUCUGAUACAAACACCACCCUCACCUACGCUACAAAAGAAGAGAAUGAAGAUAGUGACCGAAUGGUUUUGAGGACAAUUGAAUGUAAGGAAAUCGCACGACAAACUCGUAGUGGACAAUUAACACUUUUCAAGUAUCAUUCAAUUGCGGAAAUUUACAUUACAUCGUUAUUCAAGUGCGCGAUCCUCGACUUGGACUUAAAUGAUCUUCUAAGAACAGCAGAAGAGGUACACAAAGAACUGUCGGAUGAUGAGGGUGUAAUCGCUUAACAGUCUGAUAUCUUUAUUUAACACGUUGAUACAGAAUUCGCACUUUUUUGGUUUAUUACCAAGACUGUCAAUUGCACGCAGAACUGAUUUUCAGUACAUUUUUAACGAGAGAAAUAAAAGAUUUUUUUUCGAG